AGUAGCAUCACAUGGAAAUACUCAAGUAUAGUACAAGUACCUAAAAUUGUAAAGAAAUGUACAAUAUUUAGUUACUUUACACUUAGUUACUGUCACACCAUCCAGUUUGAUGUCACCAUGUUCUGCUGGAGUAUAAACUGCUCCAAAAGAUAUGCAGUAUAAGACAGGUGUCAGUGAUACAAAUACUGUCACUUACCUUGAACCAACUGUUUUAUUGUCGUAUUGUAAAUGGCACAUGAACAUUAAUAUACACUACAUCAAACCUCCGAAUGAAUUUUUGCUGUGCCGCUGUGUUAUGUCUGGGCAUUAAGAUUUGGUUGUAUGUCUACAGCAGGUGUGUGUCACUAACGGUGGAAACAGGCAUUAGGCUUAUGCAUGUGAAUAAUUGCAUACUCAUUUAGAUUUAUAUAAUAAAACAUAUGAACACAGAUGCAUGUUUUUUGCAAAUGUGAAGAAAAGACUAUAUGUGUCUUGUCACUUCUCUGCAUAUGUUUUGAAUCAUGAAUGUAGUUUGAUGUAUUUGCUCAUGAUUCCAUGACUCUCUUACUUUGACUCAAAGACACUCAGAGCAUCCAAAUCAGGACAACCACAAGUGACUUGUUGAGUAUCAGAUGGUAUUAUCUUGUCUUCCUUGGUGUUGUGGUUGCAGUGAGAUGUGAUGUGUUAUGUAAGUCACAGCAAACAGCCACAGGGGGAAAGAUAUUGUUUAGCCCGAGCACCAAGUGGUGCAAAGACCCUAUUGUAUUUGAAGGAAUUAUUAUUAUGAUUUUUAUUUUCCGGAUUCAAAGGCAUUUUUGAGGUGCUAGGAGUGCUUGAAAACUCACAAAACUUUGCACAUGCAUCAGAAAUAGCUGAUAUGGGUCUUGGCAUUGGGUGUUGCAAGUUGGUUCAGUAGCGCCCACUAACAAUUUUCAAAGUCAAAGCUCUCACUUUUAAAUUUGACAUAGAUGAAUGAAAUUUAUUAGUCAGAUGUAAAUCUCCAGAUUUUUUACCUUUUGCAGGCGUUGUACUUUAAAAAAUUCCUCUGAGCAACUUCAAAUUUGGUCGGUGACAUCUAAAGACCUUUGCAACGCUAAAUUGUGAAGCGUUUUAGUUUUCAUGGAAUGUUGUUGCUGUGACGACAUAGCGAAUUUUGAUGUUAAGCCAUGAAAGAGGAAGUUGUCGUAACUCAAAUGUACAUUUUCCAAUCUGCCCCAAAUUUCUUAUGCUUGAUAAGAGUCUCAGCCUGAACUAAUUUACAUGUCAAUAUUGACUCAUAGUCAUAGCGCCACCUACUGGCAACAGGAAGUUACAGGUGCUAUACUUUUAUUACCUCUGCCUAGCAGGUUAACCAGGUCCACCUUAAAUUUGGUCAGAAAAGCUUGAUGUUUAGACAUGAAAAAGAAACCGUUGUAACCCGACUCCACAUUGUCAGAUCUUUCCCAAAUUUCACGUUUGAUAAGAGUCCUGGUCCGAAUACAUGUACAGGCCAGUAUAGCACCACCUACUGGCAACAGGAAGUUAUAGGCCCCAUACUUUUACAAACUACUCCUGGCAAGUUGACCAGAUCCACCUAAAAUUUGGUCAGCUAAGUUGUAAUACCUUGAUGAUGCUAAAUAGAGAAGCUUUUGAGUUUUCAUCAAAAUGCUGUUGCCAUGGUGAUACAUUAUUUAAUAUGAAACAGGAAGCUGUUUUUGAGGUGCUAGGGGUAUUCGAAAACUCACAAAACUUGGCACACACAUCAGAACCCGUGAACUUCCAAGAAUAUACAGUGAUUGGGUUCAUGCAUCUUUGGUGGUCUCCACAGCACCCCCUAAUGUGUUGCAGGCUGUAGUUGGGAUAAAGUUGCUACGAUAUUCACAAAAUUUGGUAUGCACGUUGCUCUCAUCAUUUUGGACAUAUUUUCAUCAGCUCCACCCAACUGGGACUCAGCCAUGCUGAAUUUUGUGUGUUUUUCCUGUAUUUUAUGCAAACAUUUUCAAACUCCUUUAGAGGGUUUAUUGGAUUCAUUUGAAAUUUGGUUGAUAUAACCCAUCAGACUAAUGUGAAACUUAAUUGCAAAGUAAAGUCAAUACCUCGAGUGAUGAUGUCAUACGUGAUGUGACAACACGCCAAUUUAGGCACUUUACAUGUAUGGAACUUUUCUAAACUUUUCUUAGAGGAUUUAACAGGUCAACCUCAAAUUUGGUCAGCAAAAUCUCAAGACCUUCAUAAUGCCAAAUUGCAAAGCUUUUGAGUUUUCGGGGAACGCUGUUGCCAUGGCAAUGCUGAAAUUACCAUGAAAGAGGAAGCUGUUGUAACUUGACCUUACAUUACACUUGACCAAAUUUCUCAUGCUUGAUAAGCGUUUAGCCCUGAAGACAUCUGCAUGCCCAUACUGAGUCAUGGUCAUAGUUCCACCUGCUGACAACAAGAAGUCAGCCUUAUGUGACAAACAUUGUCCAAUUUACAUGAAAUAUACAUGGUAUGGUCUAUGCAUGAUAUACAGCAAUAUGACAUAUAAUUAGUGGGUGUUCUCUAGCGCCACCUAGUGGACACAGGAAGUGAAAUUUAAAGGGGACAUAUAUGUUCAUGUUAAAAGUGAAAUUCGAAGUAUGUGUUCAUUGUACAUUUGAUAUGCAGCAACAUAAUGUAAAUUUAGUCUGUGUUUUCUAGCACCACAUAGUGGACACAGGUAGUGAUAUUUAUCUCCUACAAGCAAUGUACAAUAUUCGUGAAAAUGUAUAUCCAUGUCAGUUUCCCUCAUUUAAAUGUAUUGCUGCGUAUCAACUGACUUCCAGCAGCGAUACCCUGGCUGUUGCUCCCUCUGACGCCAUGAAGAGCAAGGGCCUGUUCAUCACUGCUUGCAGCUUUAAUUGUAUUUGUCUUUGAUCUCCACAAACUGGCUGAAAAGCAGACUUGGUCAGAAUCAGAGCUGCAGUCAUUGAAGCACUGUGUGUUAUUUGAUAGCUCACUGUUUUGUUGACGUAGCCUGUACACAACAUACAGGAACAUUCUGUAGAAUCACUUCAACGCAGUUUGAAACACUUGGAUUGUCGUAAUGUAUGAAUAAAAAAACAUUUAUUGAACAAACAGAUAUAGUUGACCCCAGUCCCACUCAAUAUUACUGUCUUAUAUGACUUAUAUAACAAAAAUACAAGCUGAAGAAAGUACAGACAAAAGUGCUGUUUCUUCCAUGGUGAGUCACCUGCCAGACUAAGGUCACCUGUAACAACAAAAGCCAUCGGAUAAAGGUGAAUGACAGGAACAAGAAUGAAUAAAAACACCAUGAUCUGUCCUCAUACAUACUGUCAGUCCCCUGCCUCAGCAAGAGAGAGGCUCCACUGCUGGCCAGUGGUGCCAAAAGAAAAUAAAUAGAAGACAUACUCACUCCAAAACUCUAUGUCUAUGUUUAAAAACUAACAUGUAUUCAUGUUCAACAAAGAUUUGCUUUUGUGUGUAAAAUGAGCUGCUGUGUUCAGCAGUGUGUUGGUAAAGUUGACUGUGUGGACUCAGUAUUGAACCAUACAUGGAACCAAUUGUAAGAAAAAAACAAACUGUAAUUUAUUUAUGGACACAUUUUUUGUAUCAGAAUUUUGGUUUGAACACAACAUAUUAUAUCCACAUUCUUUCUAUCCAGACAUAUGAUAUAAUUGAAUUAUAAAGUCACAUUUGUUUUGCUAGAUUACAUUUUUACUUACAAUCCUGACAUUUAAAAAUAAAUCAUUUGAUAAAUUUCAUGUAUUUACUUAUUCAUGACAAGCGUUUUAACAGUCAUGGGAUGUGGAAAGUAGGAUUUUCAUAGGAAUGAAAUUAUUUCACCAACAUUGAGAAAGUCUUCCCUUCUUUUCCAUAAACUGAGUUGUACCAAAGUUUGAUUUUGUGAAUCAUUCCACUCAUGCUGUUUAUGAAAGAAUUCCCGCCUUUCCCAUCUGUAUCUCCUCUGUGCCCGUCAAUGUGGGAUUUGUUGUUGCCCUUGAGAAAUCUCUCAGUCAGUGUAAUCUAUGUGAGCAGUGUUUUAUUAGAGAAAAGGGAAAUGAAGGAGAAGGAUCUGCAGGCUGACUCUGCAGUGACAGAGACAGAUGGAGACAGAUUGGAAGAAGCACAGAAUGUGACUUCUCCCUUCAGGUGGAACACUGGUACAAAAGAGAGAAUGCUGAUCAAAGUAACAGACAGAGAGCCCAGCUUCUUGGCCCACCAGGGAAAUGGUUACUCCCCCUGUGACCCCCUUACUCCUGGAGCUCCCUCUGGAGGAGGCACCACCUCACGAACCCGCCGUUCCUCUGGAGGCAACCCACCCUCUGAACCUGAUGGCUCCCCUGUUCUCUACACCGACCGCCGUCAGUCUCCCUUCCUGAAGCGGGCAGAGCUGGGCAGCACCGGCACCCAACGCCGCUCCUCAGCUGACUCCCAGCCUCCCUCGCCUCGCUAUGCCUAUGAGCCCCCACUAUACGAGGAGCCGCCGUCGGAGUACCAGCCCCCACCCAUCUAUGAGGAGCCCCCCACUGACAUGCACCUCACUGACUCCUCCUCCUUCUAUGGAACUGGCAAGUCACCUGCUCGCAAGUCUUCAGCCCCCCUCUAUCACUCCCCCAAGCAGGCCCAGUCCCCCUAUGGCCAGCUGGUUCUGACCCGGCAGAAGUGUCCAGAAAAGACCCAGAGUCUGGAAUACAGUCCUGUGGGAAAAGAGUAUGUCAAGCAGCUGGUGUACGUGGAGCAGUCGUCUUCCAGCCCUCGCUUUAAGACAGCCGACCGUCUGCUGCGUUACGGCACUACAGGGGGCUACGGGGGCUCAUAUGGAGGCUCCUAUACUCUGCAGCACAGCCAGUCCCUGAUCAGGGACCCCCGCCUACUGCUGGACUACAGUGGAGAGGGUGGAGAGGGAGGUCAGAGGUUGCUUUAUGAGGACUCCAUAUCCUGGACGUCCAGCCAAACCCACUCCCUCUCCUCCUCCUCCACUGGGGCUUUCUCUCCUGGCGGAAACCGCAAACGCAAGAGCCGCAAGCCGUCCCUCCCCCAGGAGCUGGCUCGCUGCGGGGGGCCAGAGGGGGAGCUGGCAGGUACAGCAUCAGAGGCAAUGCUGGCCCAGGCCAGGCUGGCAUGGGAGGCCCAGCAGGUGAUGAAACAGAGGAGCAGCUGGGACUCAGGGCAGGGAGGGGGGGUGGCGCAGGGCAGCGGCUCCAAGGAUGGCUACGAGAGUGACGGGGCAGUGCCUCUGCCGUUACCGGGACCAGUGGUGAGGGCAUUCAGUGAGGACGAGGCGCUGGCGCAGAGCGAUGGGCACCACUGGAAACGCAGCACCUUCGAUCGGCUGGGCUUCCCUCAGGCCCUGCUGGAGAAAAGCCUCUCAGUCCAGACCAACCUGGCCUCCCCAGAGCCUUACCUUCACCCCUCACAGUCGGAGGACCUCGGAGCCUGCGCCCAGUUUGAGACCAGUCGAAAUGCCAGGAAUAUGAUGCCAAGCGCCAGCUGUGGCGUUUUCCCAGAAUUCACCUUGAGAAAGCCCUCCUCAGAGACCGACAUAGAGAACUGGGCGUCGAAGCACUUCAACAAACACACACAGGGUCUGUUUAGAAGAAAGGUCUCCAUUGCCAACAUGCUGGCGUGGAGCAGUGAGCCCAUCAAGAAGCCUAUGAUCGUGACCUCAGAUCGCUCUGUAAAGAAGGAGGCAGUUGACAUCUUUAAGCUCAUCCAGACCUACAUGGGAGACCGUCGCUCCAAGGUCGACCCCCUCUGUGUGGCUCUGGAGGUGGUGGUGCGUGGUUGGAGCAACCAGGGUUUGCGUGAUGAGCUCUACAUCCAGCUAUGUCGUCAAACCACCGAGAACUUCCGCUACGACAGCCUGGAGCGAGGCUGGGAGCUCAUGGCUAUCUGCCUGGCCUUCUUCCCCCCGACACCCCGCUUCCACACCUACCUGGAGGGCUACAUCUACCGACACAUGGACCCCCUCAACGACACCAAGGGAGUGGCCAUCAGCAGCUAUGCCAAAUACUGCUACAGGAAACUGACUAAAGCUGCUCUGACUGGAGCCAAGAAGGGUCUGCAGAAGCCCUGUCUGGAGGAGAUCAACCAUGCCAGGAACGCCAUCUUCAGUCCCUCCAUGUUCGGCUCGUCCCUGGAGGAGGUGAUGGCGCUCCAGAAGGAGCGAUAUCCAGACCACCAGCUGCCCUGGGUGCAGACUCGCCUCUCUGAAGAGGUUCUGGGUCUCAAUGGAGACCAGACAGAGGGCAUCUUCAGGGUACCGGGGGACAUAGAUGAAGUCAAUGCCCUCAAGCUGCAAGUGGAUCAAUGGAAAAUCCCCACAGGGCUGGAAGACCCACACAUCCCAGCGUCUCUGCUGAAGUUCUGGUACAGGGAGCUGGAGGAGCCACUCAUCCCUCAUGAGUUUUAUGAGGAGUGUAUCAAUCACUAUGACAACCCAGAGGCAGCUGUCAACGUGGUGCUGGGCCUGCCGCACAUCAACAAACUGGUGCUCUGCUACCUCAUCCGCUUCCUACAGGUAUUUGCCCAGCCUGCCAACGUGACCAUCACCAAGAUGGAUGUGAACAACCUAGCCAUGGUCAUGGCUCCCAACUGUCUGCGCUGCCAGUCUGACGACCCUAGAGUGAUCUUUGAAAACACCCGCAAGGAAAUGUCCUUCAUCCGGGUGCUCAUCCAGCGGCUGGACACCAGCUUCAUGGAUGGAAUCCUAUAGCCCCACCCCCCCCCCACCACACACACACACACACACACACACACACACACACACACACACACACCAUCCAUACUUUACCCCAAGCCUCCCCUACGCUCCCUUUAACCCCCUCCAGUUAAGCCCUGACACACCCCCCAGCACAGGAGCAUCAUCAGUUCACAGCGCUGCUGCUGGGUGAAUACUUUGCAUCUCCAACAUGUUUACUUUUCUGGAACUAACAGUAACUGCCUUGAUUUGAGUUUGUCCACUGUACACUUUGAGUUAAACCAGCUGUUUUUCUGUAGAUGUAGUCCUUUAACAUUUACAUAAGAAAAACACCAAUAUUUGAGUUUCAAUGUUUUCAACAAUACUGUGUGUGCCUUCACAUGCAUUAAUACAAUAUACACAUACAGUCUGAAAGAAUUAGCAGGGAUCUCAUCAUUUCAUGUUAGUUGCACUGGCACACUCACUCUAAGGUUGAUUUUAAAUCCAGCUUAUUUGUUUUAUAUGAACUAAUUUUCAUUAUAGUUUUCCCCUGCUUAAACACACUUAAACAAGUUGACACACACACACACACACGCGCAUGCGCGCAGCAGUACAUGCACACACUGACAUAUUAAGUCUAGCUCCAGAUUUCUACCUUCUACAGUGUACAUUACCAUCAACACAAAGCAAGAAUGAACACUGAGAUACAUUCAUUCAAACAUACAUUACACACAGAGUCACACACUGGCUCACCAUAGGUUUCACCUGCACCAGAUAGAGAGACUAGCUGCACUGUUCCAUCAGUACUUCUAUCAGUGUCAUGUCAGAUUUCUGCCUCAGACAACCAGAUUGAAAGAUGAAACUGUGUCCAACAUUUUGUAUCACUGGCAGCAAACUGCAUCAACAGCACUCAGAAUGUUUUACACUGCCACAACCUGGUGGGUACAGAGGAUUUCAACACAGAGGCUUGUUAGUCCUCCUGUGAUUCUGUCCCUCUGGCAUUGCUAAAUUAUGUAGUGUCAACAUGUUGUCUGGGUCAGCCUCAAGAUGGGAAAAGUGUGCCAUCUUAACUUCUUCCUGUUAGUCAGAUGUUGUCUGCCAGCAACCUGACUUCACUAAAGUGUAGCUGUAAAGGAAGACAGUGAUGAGGUGAUAUCUCUGUCGGUCACUUAGCCAUCAGGUGAGAAGAACAUGGACACCAUGUCAUCCAUAGCUGUGUUGUGACUUGAAGUCUCCAACACUAUGUUGAGUAAGCAGACACAUAACUGUGUUGGAAUCUUUCUCUCUAUAUUGUUGCUUUUCUCCUAACAACACAUUUUAUCAAGUGUGAAAUAUAAUGUUAAUGCUAAUUUGUCAACAUGAGCUGCCACUCAUCUAACUGUAAAAGUUAUUUUUCUGACACAGCUAUAUACUACACUGUAGGCUCUCUGCUAAUAGCUUAGCAUUAGUGUUAGCAGGCUCAGUGCUUAGGCUUUAUUAUACACUAUGUGAAGUGUUAUCAGGUGCAGUACAAACUAUUUUAAACUAAAAUUUUAUUUUAUCACUACAGUAUAUCAAGUAAUAAUGAUCAGCUGAGUGGAGAAAAACUCUUCUCGUUAGUUAACUGAUACAGUUAUGAGCUAGCUACAGACUGUCUUUUGUUUCACCUGUUAGCAAACAGUUAGAAAUUAGAUUUAAUCUGUCUGGUGUGACUACAAGGCUAACGUGGGGGUAACCAUCAGAGAAUAAUGAACACUCCCAGUUCAGUAUAACAAGAGGUUUUCUUGUGUGUCCCAUUGGGCCAACAUUAAAUGAAUGUAGCAUUACACUAUGUUGACUGAUAGUGAGCUAACACUUGUGAGCCAAUGUAACUUUUGAUUGACAGCAGCCACAGUGGCCACAAGUGAUGAAGGUAAAUGCUAAAACAUAGUAUAAUAGUAGCACAAGUAGAGAAGAGUCAUUAAGUCAGUAAAUUGAUUACAGAGAAAUAUCUAUCUAAAAUUUGCUUACAUUAGGCACCACAAGCUACUGGUCAUAUCAGACCAAGUAAGACUGUAGCAGCCAAACAUUUGAGUGUACUGAACUGAGCAACAGUAGCAGUAUUCAUUAUGAAUUCAACAUACUGUUUAUGGGAGGAUGGUUGUGUUACUUAUUUCAAAUGUUACAUAGUCUCACAUUAAGCGUACACUAUGGUUAGUGGUAGUGCUAUUAUGUUGACUGUACAGUAUAGUAAUUGCUACACUUACUUAGCAUGCAGCACUGGAGUCAGUAACCUAUGGUUCAGGUGGAUUCUGGUGUCCAUGUUCUAAUCACUUAACACAGGGAUGGGCAGUCACAUUACAUGGAAGUCCAACCAAAAUACUACACUAUCGUCUUCAGUAUUUAGUUCCUCCUUACUGGUUGAAACUGAACCAAAAAAAGGAAAUCAAUCAGCAACUCUUGCCUUGGCUCCAUGACAGAUGAUCGUCUAUCCUUGGUUGUAAUAUGUAAACUGACCAACAGAUCUCAUAACUAUCUUGUACCCUUUAGCAUUAAGUCAUCUUGAAGAUAUCUGGUCAUGUCUGUCCAUUCUGCCACAAUAUUUGGUGCUGUCCAGUCACUACUGUUGACCACAGCCCCUCUGAAGCUCACGAGCAAUAGAUAAGAGUAGGAGGGAUGCAGCGGCACUGCCAAACACACCACAACAUGCUCGUACUUCAGAAGUUCCAGCUCACUCACGAAACCCCCCCAGCCCCAUCCUCCCACCCCACCUGACCCCACAGAAACUUUAACUGACUCAUCCACCCUCACCACCACCACUGAGCCCCAACAGGCCUUUCUGCUCACUAAUGAUUUGUGAAUGUGUCUACCUGUCUGCGUGCUUGUCUGUCCUCCUGUCAUUGUUUACAAAAUGUACCCGUCUCUUGCAUCCAUACGGUCUUUGUCUAUGAGCAAGUACUGUUGUUUAUUGUAUUAAUUUGAGAUUUUUUGCUGUAUUUAACAGAAUAUGUUUUUUAACCCAUUCUUUUUAUAUGAUUUAAUUUAUUUAUAUUUAUUUGAGGAGAUUUCCUUAAUGCCUUCUUGAGAUAUUGUAUUGUAGGCUCCAGCGUGUGUGUUUUUGUUAAGGCACAUGUAUGUAUGUGUGUGUGUGUAAAAUGGCAUGAAUGUGUGACUGAGUGUGUGGUUUUCAAUAUGAUAGGGCACAUACAUGUUGAUGUAUGAAUGUGUGAGUCUUGCUGUACCAGUUUGAUUCAUUUGAGUUUUUGGUGACACAUUGAAAGGAUGAUUGUGAUUGCUCCAUGGAGACACAUACACACACACACACACACACACACACACACACACGGACCAUCCUGGCAGAUGACACUGACUUCCAUCUUCAAGGUCCAAAUGACACUCAGUCUCACUCACAGUUAAUGUUUGACUAAAUGAACCCUUUUCUUGUGAAGAGACUGUGAUGAGUGUCACUGUGUAUGUGAUGUGCAGCUCACUCACUCUGACAUACACAUACCACAUAGAUUACAUGUACAUUGACACUGUACAGACUAUGUAAAAAUAAGUAUAUACAGAAACAAGAGAGGAAAAGCACCAUAUGUAACAGUGGAAACUGCUGUGGAAGUUAAUGUAACAGGGUGGGGGUUUCCUUCAUUUUUCUUAGAGUUUUUUUUUUAAGUCUUGAAGUGAUAGUUUCCUCACAUUGAAAGAGGUUUACAAGUGACGAUUUAAACCCUUUUCUGAACAGUCUGGACUACGCAGGUUCCCACCCAUCAAAUCAAGUACCAGAAAGUAUUUUCAAGCCCCAGUAUCUGUAACUGUAGGUCUAAUUCAUACUCCACAAAGACGUGACUUAUCUGGAGGAAAAGUUUUUUUUUGAGUUCUGGGUAAACCAGAAAUUUGAGUAGCAGAAGCGACCACCAGCCACCACCCCAGGUUACAUCAUCAAACUACUGCUGAAUGCAAGAAAAGCAUUAUGUUAACCUCCUGUGACCCAGUAAUAUCUCCAAACAUUCUGUGAAGCACAUCAACUAGACAAAUGCACAUUCAGUGCACUAACAUAUGUGUUGUUAGACAGCUAACAGCUGCAGUACUACUGUAAAGAUGGGAAAUGAUUCGUCUUCAUCUUACUGAUGUUACAUUUAUAUAACAUGCUACCUGAGAUGAUGAACAACAACUUUGUUCUACCUUCACAUGAAUAUGUUGGCCAACAGGUUUAGGCAGUUAGUUGUGUUUAGGAACUCUUGUUUGCUGCAGUAAGGCAGGGGGAUGCUUGAAACAACCGUGCUAGGUCACUGCUGCAGCUUUAAAUCUUCAAAUGUUUUCAUUUUAAGAAGAUCAGAGAAUCAUAUUUUUUGUUUUUGGAAUGAAGGUGAGCUUCAGCUAAAAGGACACACUCAAAUUUCACACAGAAAACUUUUCUCUCAUUUGAAAACUGACUUCUUUAUGAGGUAUGAAUAUAGCCAAAAGUUUUUAUUUGAUUUAGUGUAAAACCACUUAGUAAUUGAGCAGCCUUGGAGAUAGCCAGGCCAGGCUGAAGCGUUGCGGCAGUGUGUGAGUGUGUAUGUGGUGUGCGUUUGUGUCUUUGUUUUAUGUAAGAGAUGGUUGUAGAUAGACUAGACUGCAGUGCUGUCCUGUAUUGACCCACCAAAUCAACCAAUUAGCAUGCAGAAAUAGGGUCUUCACUCUCUUCAACUUGAAUUUACUAAAACAUGAGAAUAUACAAGGAAAACAAACUGAAUUUACAGAAAAGAAGUGUUACGAUAUUUAGCUUUAAAAAAUCCACUAAGAUAAAGAUAAAGCUCUUUUUAAUCCGUUUUUUUUUUCUACUUGGUUCCUACUAAUGAUGAAUUGGUAGUUGGUGUCUAUGCUGUUCUUCUGAUAUAAAGAAAAUGACAAUGAAGAGGUGUGAGACAGCUGCUGUUCCAGUGCUCCUCACCUCAACAUCAAUCCUCCAGGUUUUUCAGUUGUAUCUUAAAGUCCACUGUCACUCACACUCUGUCCGAGAGAAGACUCUGGAAGUGUAAUGGACGUUGGUUUAAUAAAUGAUUCAAAUGUCAAACUAACAAA